AUGAUUCAUCAAGGAACGAUUUAUCCAGGAACGGAUGGCACCCGACCAUCCUUCUUCAACUGGCCAAGCAACAUCGACGUGACCGUCCCCUUCGGUAGCAGCCCAACUACCGUCAGCUGGACCGAGCCCAUUGGUGUAGCCAGCGUUGCGGCCUCACAGAGCUCUGGAUCUUUCUUUGUCGUGGGAUACACUAACGUGGCGUACACCGCCACAGACCCAAGCAGCAACUUCGAAAGCUGCUCUUUCUCUGUCACCCUCACAGCAACGAUUUAUCCAGGAACGGAUGGCACCCGACCAUCCUUCCUCAACUGGCCAAGAAACAUCGAUGAGACCGUCCCCUUCGGUAGCAGCCCAACUACCGUCAGCUGGACCGAGCCCAUUGGUGUAGCCAGCGUUGCAGCCUCACAGAGCUCUGGAUCUUUCUUUGUCGUGGGAUACACUAACGUGGCGUACAACGCCACAGACCCAAGCAGCAACUUCGAAAGCUGCUCUUUCUCUGUCACCCUCACAGCAACGAUUUAUCCAGGAACGGAUGGCACCCGACCAUCCUUCCUCAACUGGUAAAAAAACAUCGAUGAGACCGUCCCCUUCGGUAGCAGCCCAACUACCGUC